AUGCUCGCAAAACUUGUUCAUUUUGCUGUCGACGCUGCGCUCGUAUCUACCGUGUUGGCAGGUAUUCGAAGAACUUCUGGUUAUACGUUAAACACCAGUAACAUAAAUCAUGAAGAUAUAAAAAAAGCGGUUGAUGGUUGGCUUAGUAUAGGCGAAAUGAUCAUGGAUCAUAGUAGUGUGUUUGUAAGAGGAUCGAGUUUAUUUGAAGAUGAGAGAAAGAAAGGAUGA